AUGGCAUCAUCUCAACAAGACCACCUGCCCGAGGGACCCUACGAGGAGUACCGGGGAAUAUUGUUCCCAACAGCGCUAAUUCCAAAGGAAUGCCUGGAGGCGAUGAAGACGUUUGAAAUACGUGACGAUGAUGUGGUGAUAGUGAGCUAUCCCAAAAGUGGUACGAACUGGAUGUUCGAAGUUGUGCAUGAGAUUCUUGGUGGAAAGAAGGAAAACUCAUCACCAAUGGAACCUGAGUUUUGCCCUCCAGGUCAACAGCCACACUACAUCCAGCUGCGUGAGACUCCAUCUCCACGUCUAAUGUUUACUCAUCUCCACCCGAAAAUGGCUCCUCCAGGAUUGGCAGCUCCAGUCAACAAGGUAAAAACCAUUGUCCUGCUGCGAAACCCCAAGGAUGUUUGUGUAUCGUUCUACCACUACCUACAGAAAAGUCCGCAUUUGAAGUCCCCUGAAUCUUGGGAGCAGCACAACAAGGACUUCUUUAAUGGAAAAAUGCCCUUCAGUGGUGACUACUUUGAUCACGUGCUGGGCUGGUGGAAAAUGAGGGAUGAUCCCCACUUCCUUUUUGUCAAGUACGAAGAUAUGAAAAAGGAUAUUCGUUCGUCAGUGAAGACCAUAGCAGCCUUCCUGGAGAAAGAACUGACCGAUGAACAUCUGGCCCUUAUCCUGAACAGCUGCAGCUUGGAGUCGAUGAGGAAGACAUUGGCGGAGUCUGAUGCCUGGAGAAAGAACAUUGUUAGGAAUGGUAUGGUCGCAGAUUGGAAGAACCACUUCUCGGCCGAGGAGAGCGCCAGGUUUGACCAGAAGUACCGUGAACGGAUGGCGGGAACAGGACUGGAGUUUGACUUUCAGUAG